CACUCGAUUCUGCACCACUCACUGAACAAAACCUCCAUCCAUUUUCUUCGUCUUACCCUCACCACUCCCAUGAACCUCUGAACUUCACUUCGCUUCGCUUCGCUUCAACCAUGGCCGUUCGAGCAGUCAACACCUGCUCGCUCUUCCGUCCUCCAUCUCCUCCUCUCUCCUCCGCCGUCCGCUUCGCCGCCCUCCACUUUUCCUCCCGCCACCUAAAUUUCCGGCGUCGCCGCCGUUCCCCCGCGUUCCUCCCUCAGUAUCUCUUCUCCUCCGAUUAUGUCGGCGGUGGCUGUCAAACUCAAAGGCGCUCCGUCCAGAGCCUCUUCGAGAGCGUCAUUGAAGAGCUCCAAGCCAUGCGCAAACGCCGGAAGAGAGUCUCCGCUGCUUCCAAUUAUUGGUUUGACAGCAUUGGAUUAUUGAAUGAAGAGCUUCUUGAAGAUAGACUUUUGAACCGUUCAUUGCAAAAGGGGUUGCUUUUAGAGUUCAAGAAGGACUCUGAUAGAAUAUUGCUAGCAGUUGCUCAGAGACCUGAUGGCAAGAAGAAUUGGAUGGUUUCUGAUCAGAAUGGUGUCCCUUCUUCCAUCAAACCACAACAAGUGACAUAUAUCGUUCCUGGUGUUGACAAUUUUGACCAAGCAGAUAUAGCAGAUUUUGUUCAGAAAGCUCAGGACAAUGUGGACCCAUCACUGCUUGAAUUUGCUUGGGUUGAGCUCCUUGAAAAGAAGAAGUCUGUGACGGUUGAAGAGUUGGCCGAGAUAAUUUUUGGCAGUGCUGAGCCUCUUGAGAGCUAUUCUGCCCAUCUCUUGCUAUCAAAAGAUGAAGUAUACUUUACUGUUCUGGAAACUAAAGGAUAUCGUUCCAUUUAUGGACCUCGACCAAGUGGGCAGGUUGAGGAACUUAUGCGUAGGAAGCUUGCAAAGGAGGCUGCUGAGAAAGAACUUCAAGAGUUUAUUGAAUUGUUGGCCUCUGCAAAAUCGAUGCCCUCACAUGAUAAACCUCCCAAAUCUUCAUGGAUUAACAAGGAGAAAACUUGGAGCAGAAUUGAGUCACUUGAAGCAUAUGCUAUUGAUGAUUAUAGAAAUGAUGAACAAAGGAAAACAGCUGGACUGAUACUUAAGGAAAUGGGUCUGGCAAAAACAGCAUCUUCAGCAUUGAAUCUCCUGGUAGAUAUUGGGUAUUUUCCUGUACAUGUCAAUCUUGAAUUGUUGAAGUUGGGAAUUCCCACUGAUCAUUCAGAAGAAGUCAUAUCUGCUGCUCAAAGUCUUCUAUUAGACUCAUGUGAUCCGGAUGAGAUUAACAGGAAGAAUCUUACUGAUUUAAAGGUAUAUGCCAUCGAUGUUGAUGAGGCUGAUGAGCUUGAUGAUGCUUUGAGUGCAACAAAAUUGCAAGAUGGUCGGAUUAAAGUUUGGAUACAUGUUGCUGACCCAACUAGAUAUGUUCAACCUGGAACUAUUGUGGACAGGGAGGCUAUGAGAAGAGGAACUUCUGUUUUCUUGCCCACUGCUACAUAUUCUAUGUUUCCAGAAAACCUUGCCAUGGGCGGCAUGAGUUUGAGACAAGGAGAUAUUUGUAAUGCUAUUACUGUAUCAGUUGUGCUGCAUAAUGAUGGCAGCAUUGCAGAAUGUUCAGUAUGUAAUUCAGUGAUUAAACCAACAUACAUGCUGACAUAUGAGAGCGCAUCUGAGCUACUCCAUUUGAACCUUGAGGAGGAGGGUGAACUCAGAAUUUUGUCUGAGGCUGCAAACCUUCGUCUGAAUUGGCGCCGGCAGCAGGGUGCAGUUGAGACAACAACAUUAGAAACUCGCAUUAAAGUGUCUAAUCCAGAGGAUCCAGAACCAGCAAUAAACCUUUAUGUGGAAAAUCAGGCUGACCCUGCAAUGCGACUAGUCACUGAGAUGAUGAUACUCUGUGGCGAAGCUAUGGCCACAUUUGGAUCUCGGAAUGAGAUUCCUUUACCCUACAGGGGACAGCCUCAAUCAGAUAUUAAUAUUUCUGAAUUUGUCCAUCUUCCAGAAGGGCCUGUUAGGAGCUUUGCCCUAGUCAAAGUAAUGCGUGCAGCUGAAAUUGAUUUCAGGAAGCCAGCACGCCAUGGGGUUUUGGGAAUUCCUGGUUAUGUUCAAUUUACAUCUCCCAUCCGUAGAUAUUUGGAUCUUCUUGCUCAUUAUCAGGUAAAGGCAUUUCUUAGAGGUGAGCCUCCACCCUUUUCAGCUGGUAAGCUUGAAGGCAUAGCAGCACUUGUAAAUGAUAAAUUUAGAGCAGUGAGGAAGCUCUGCAACAGUAGUCUUCGAUACUGGAUAUUAGAAUAUUUAAGAAGACAACCAAAAGAGAAAAGAUAUCGUGCAUUGGUCCUUAAAUUUUUUAAAGAUCGACUUGCAGCUCUAUUGUUGAUUGAGGUUGGCUUUCAAGCUUCUGCUUUGGUCUCUGUUGGAACUCAGAUAGGGGAUGAAAUAAUAGUUAAGGUGGAAGAAGCACAUCCACGCGAUGAUAUUCUUUUUCUGAAGGAGGUUGUAGAAGGGUGAUGUAAAGAAUUACGUUUUUGAAAAGACCUUUUCAAUUUUCAAUGAUUUAUUCAAAAAGCUUGGCUGGUAGGAUGCAGCGUCAUCGUCUUUGCAUGGAAGAGAGAUUACACGCUUUACUGGCAGAAUUUAAAUCUUUGGAACUUUGUCAAGCUGUUCACAUUUCGAAGAGUCAUUUCUGGCAGAGAAGUUGAGGAAAGCUAUAGCCAGCAUAUCCAGGCUUCAACACGCUGCUAGCUAAACAGUCCUUCUAACUACCUCCAUUUUCUCCACCCAUGCUGUAACAUAAAGUUAGCAGGUUUUCUUCCUCUUCGCAAGUAGCUUAGCCCAUUCUGUUGAUUUGGUAAGAUGUCUUUGACAUGAGCCGGUAGUUGUAAUAUAUCCCCAGAAGCAGCUUCUUUUUUUGUUUUGCUAAAAAUUCAUGGUUAUGAGGUUUUUUUCUUAGGUAGUUUACUUUUGCCAGGUAUAUGCAUGGCUUUACAACCUUAUAUAGAUAUCUGAUGAGUUUUCAUUGUUGUAACCUGGCACACCUUGUGCUAUAAGAUCUAAGGAUCUAGACGUGCAAUACAAGGGGGUCAUAUGGAAGAGACUUUUUAAUAUACGUUGUGUUACACCCAAUUGCUCAUAUACCACUUAAUUGAUC